UUGCUUGGAGGAGAGAUGGGGUGAAAAAUGAGUUUAGUAUGCGUUUUGUACCUCUUUGGUCUAUUCUCCCACCCUAUUUACCCUCUUUUCACCGAUUUCUGGUUUUUUUAAGUCUUACUCUGCUUUUUUGGUGUGUUCCUUAAAGCUUUCUCACCUUGACAGUGCGGGGUCAGGAAAUUGGUUUCCCUAGAGACUUUUUUUCUACAAUUAAUAGUGGUUUCAUUGUAGCCUAUAGUAGUAAAAAGUUCAAGAAUGCUAUAUUGGCGGGCACAGAAUGGCUGUGGUGGGCGGGGCUUAGGCUAAGGCCGCCCAUUGUGACGCAGGCACGCACUUUGACGCAAACCAAUCUUAUUUAAGGGCGGGCAGUCGUUCACUUCGAGGCAGAGCUGCUGGGGCGGUGCUGGGUCGACCUCGGAUCUCGGUCUUCGGCUGGUCUCGUAAAUUUUUUUCUCUUAUUUUACCUCAAAAAAUAGAAAAAACCAAAGGCAACCUUUUAACUUCUCAAUUCCUAUACCCCCCUCCCCCCCUCACCUCUGACCACUCCACAUCUGCCUUCUUAAUUUCUAGAAGCUGUUAGUCCUGAGGAGAUUUUUGUCAUGGCUUGUAGCACUUUAAUGAGGGAUGAGUUUAUUGUGGGAGAGAAAUACCGGAUAAUAAGAAAAAUUGGGUCCGGUGCUUUUGGAGAAAUCUUUUUGGCAACUAAUAUACAAACGGGCCAGGAUGUAGCGGUGAAACUUGAAUCUCGGAAAACCAAGCACCCACAGUUGUUGUAUGAGAGCAAGGUGUAUAUGAUCCUUCAGGGUGGGUUGGGUAUCCCCCACAUUCGCUGGUUUGGGCAAGAGAAAAAUUACAAUGCUCUUGUUAUGGAUUUACUGGGGCCCAGCUUAGAAGAUCUUUUCAAUUACUGCUCUCGUAAAUUCACUUUGAAGACGGUCCUGAUGUUAGCUGACCAGAUGAUUACCAGAAUCGAAUAUAUGCAUAGUAAGAAUUUCAUACAUAGAGAUAUUAAACCUGAUAACUUCCUGAUGGGUACCGGCCGGCACCGCAAUAAGCUGUUUCUCAUUGAUUUUGGUUUAGCCAAAAAAUAUAGAGAUGGUAAAACCAAAGAGCAUAUCCAAUACCGGGAAGAUAAAAAUCUAACCGGCACUGCUCGGUAUGCCAGCAUUAAUGCCCACCUUGGGAUAGAGCAGAGCCGCAGAGAUGAUCUGGAGUCUCUUGGGUAUGUGCUGAUGUAUUUUAACAGGACGACCCUUCCCUGGCAAGGAUUAAGGGGGGCAACAAACAAGAUGGAGAAAUACGAAAAGAUUAGUGAAAAAAAGAUGGCCACACCUGUGGAAGUCUUAUGCAAGGGCUUUCCACCAGAAUUUGCUGCAUAUUUAAAUUACUGCCGCGCUCUGCGCUUUGACGAGACUCCAGAUUAUUCCUAUCUGAGACAGCUAUUCAGAAUCCUUUUCAGAUCACUGGCCCAGCCACACCAGCAGGGUGACUAUACUUUUGACUGGACCAUUCUGAAGCACAGAUCUCAGAUGGCCGGUCUCCCUGCUGGGCUCUUUGCUCAGGGUCACUUCUCUAUGGAUUUCUAAGCAGAUAGAACAAACAAAACUAACAUCAGAGAAGAAAUUGUUAUUCUAGUUCUAAUUUUUUUUUAAUAGGGACAUUUACAACUUGUUGGCAACUGUUUUUUGACUUAAGAACUUUUCAUUCAAAAGCAAAAAAAAAAAACAGCUUAAUUUCAGAAAGCAAAAUAAGAACUUAGGAAAAAAACUUCAUUUUCCCCAAGAGCAAAAAAAAAAAAAAGAAAAAAAGAAAAAAAAAGAAAAAAAGAAAAAUCAACAAAAAAAGAACUUAAUUUCAGUACAAACUUUCCUGAGUAACCUGAAGUAUAGUAAACAAGAUCUUAUGGGCCCAAACUCCAUCAGUUUUCUAAACUUGCAUUGAAACAGCAAGGAAGAUAGUAAAGCAAGUUAUUCUUUGGUUCUAGAAAUAUAAGAACAUUAUGGACUUUUUCAAAUGGUUAGGGCAAAUUUUUACAACUUAAUAUUUGUAUUAACUGGCACUGGGUAUCCUGAAGUGGACAUGUGAUGUCUAGUUUUCUUUUGUAUUUUUUCCAAGUUUCCUGAGUGAUUGGCAAAGGUCAUUUUGGAACUAUUCUGCUUUGAGACCUAAUUCAAAAGAACUGUAUAAACAAUCUUUAACCUCAUACCUGCAAUUGGACACUUUCCCCCCUCUACCUGAAGUUUGGAAAUGGUAAACCAAAACCUUCUUAAACUUGAUCAAUUAUACCUGCUAGUCAGCAGCAAGAGAAGCCAUUUGGGAUUUUUUUUUUUGGGGGGGGUGGAUCUGAAAGACUGUCCACUACAAAAACAUCACCUUAGAUGAAGAUUUAAUAAAAGAACUUGUUGACUGCUAGAUGACCUCUUAGAAUUCCAUCAACUACAACAUCCCUGGUAUACAGUAGAAAAACAGCAUAUUUGCCACCGAAAUUUACUGAACAUCAUACAGGUGAAGCAUUAUUUACAGGUUGAAUCCCAUUCAUCGUUGAGUCAUCGUGCCUUCUCUUCGCUUUGACCAGAGAAGAAUCAGAAAUUUGGUGACUGGAGAAGAAGGCCUUUUGGACAACAUCUUUCCAGAAAAUGAUGGUUCUGCCUGACGAUCCAGCACACUAGAACUGGGUUAUUUGGACACGUGCUGUGGCUUAUUUUGCUGAAUUCUAGAGUAACCAGGGACAUGAUGGAGGGAGGGAUUUAGGAGAAUUAUUACUGUUUCUACCCAAUGGAGGGGAGGGCCUUUUUUAAUGAGGGGAAUUUGCCUUUCUAACUCAUUUGAAUGUCUCUUUGGAAAAACAAAACAAGCCAUGCAAGUUUAACCUUAACCAGAAGUUUGUUUAAUUUUCUUGUCUUAGUGCACCAAUGUUCUAAUGAUUUCCACAUGCAUUGAAAAGGUAUCAUUUGUUUUUUGAUUUGCCACCCACUAAGAAAAAGGUGUAGAGGAAUGAGCUGAGGAUUCAGCUUUAUUUCUUUGUCAUGGGGUUUCUUGUUUUCAUUUUUCUGAUUUCAAGUGUGUAAGUAGUUGAAUUCUCAAAGCUGUAAAAGUUCUCUCUGGGAAUAAGAUUUGGCAAGCAAUGAAACUGUCCAUUUUAUGGCCGAAAGGCUCCACUAGUACUGUGCCUUCCAUUUGCUAAUAGAUUGCUUCAGUCUCUGUGCAGAUAUAGUAACCUCUAAUCUGUUGCCAAGACCCCAAGUGACUUGUCUGGACCAUUUUUCUAUGUUGUCAUCUGUCCCCCAGCCCAUGCCCAGCAUAGACAUCUGUCCUGUUAUGCAUAUUUAGGAGUGCCGUUAAUAUAAGAAUGAAUAGUAGAUUGGAGCAAUCCAAUAGUGCCUUUUAUUAUUAAAGUCCUGAAAAGAGCCUAUCCCUGAACAUAGAACUAAGACAGGGAGUGUAGCUGAUAGGAGUACCAUGCCUACCUUACCUUUGGGAAACUCAAGUUAUAUAGAAACUGUUCAAUGUUUUAAAAUGUUUAAAGAAAAAAAAAAGAAAAAAAAAGAAAAAAUGUUUAAAGAAAAAAGAAAAAAAUGUUUAAAGAAAAAAGAAAAAAAAAGAAAAAUGUUUAAAGAAAAAAAGAAAAAAAAGAAAAUGUUUAAGUGUUAACCACAACUUUGGGAAGGCUCUUUGAACUCAGGCCAACAUAUUACAUCAAAUGCCUGUUUUGCCUUCUCUCAUGUAUACCUAAGCAAUCGUAUGUAAGCAUAUUUCAAUAUUUAGAUGAGAUGAGUCGAACUAUCAGACUCCAGCUGUGACAAACACCUAUUUUAAAUGCUGUGGUUCCAUCAUUAUGUCAGCAUUAUGUCAUCAUUGUGUAAAACUCUGCAACUUUAAGUAAAUUAAGAUAAAAAGCCUUGUAUUGACAAAAUACAAUGUAAAUUUGUCUGUAAGGAAAAUCAAUGACAAAUUCAUUAAAGUAUCCAUGGUAACAAAACA